CAUUGACAGCGACGCACAGAGAGGAAAUACACAACACAACCAUCAUUAAAAAAAAGAAGAAAAAAAGCCACAUCUCUCUCUCUCUCUCUCAUCUGCGUCUCUCUCAACCUAUCUUCUCCGAUUCCUCUUAUCGAUCCACCACCCACAACCACCACUGCAAUCAUGAGCGAUGAAGGAGAAAGGAAUUGUCCUCUCUGCGCGGAAGAGAUGGAUUUGACAGAUCGGCAACUGAAGCCUUGCAAAUGUGGUUAUGAGAUCUGCAUUUGGUGCUGGCAUCACAUAAUGAACAUGGCUGAGAAGGAUGAGACAGAAGGGCGAUGUCCCGCAUGCCGUACCCCUUAUAACAAGGAAAAGAUCGUAGGGAUGGCAGCAAACUGUGGAAGGUUGGUGGCUGAGAUGAAUAUAGAGAGAAAAAUGAAGUCACAGAAGGCAAAAAGUAAGACAUCUGAAGGAAGAAAGCAACUCAGUAGCGUGCGAGUGAUUCAACGGAAUCUCGUCUACAUUGUGGGGUUACCUCUAAAUCUAGCAGAUGAAGAGCUUCUCCAGCACAGAGAGUAUUUUGGUCAGUAUGGAAAAGUGUUGAAGGUGUCUAUAUCUCGGACAGCAGCUGGUACUAUUCAACAUUUUGCAAACAAUACUUGUAGUGUAUAUAUUACUUACUCAAAGGAGGAGGAAGCAGUUCGAUGUAUUCAAUCGGUACAUGGGUUUUUCUUGGAUGGUAGAUCUUUGAGGGCAUGUUUUGGAACCACAAAGUAUUGUCAUGCAUGGCUGAGAAAUGUGCCUUGCAGCAAUCCUGAUUGUCUGUAUUUGCAUGAGGUUGGUUCACAAGAGGAUAGUUUCACUAAAGAUGAAAUAAUAUCAGCAUACACAAGGAGUAGAGUCCAACAAAUUACUGGUGCUACGAAUAAUAUGCAACGGCGUUCAGGGAAUGUGUUACCACCAGCAGCAGAUGAGUACUACAUUAACAGCUCCAUUUCCUCUGGAAAACCUAUUAGUAAAAGUGCUUCAAAUAAUUUGGCAAGCAGUAUUAGAGGUUCUCCGCCAAAUAGUAGCUCUGGUCAAUCUGUUGUUCUUCCAGCAGCAGCCUCAUGGGGAACACGCACCUCUAAUAUCCAGCCGCCAUCUGCAAGUUUAGCAUGUUCAAAUGGACCUUCAAACCAGAAACCUGAAACAUGUAGUGGUUCAUUGCCAUUUUCAACGGCAGUUUCAGGCACAACUCAGGUUUCUUUAUUGCAUGGUGAUAUUGGAAAGGAACUUAUUUCCAAUGAAGAGGGCCAAACAAAUAUACAUAAAGGUAAACAGGAGCCUCUGGAACCUGGUAGACAGUAUGAAGGGACAGAUCGUCAAACAACUGCUUCUGAGGCUCCUGCCCCUUCAGGACUUCCUGUUACAUCAAUGAAUGGUCAGUUACAUUCUCCGCCAUUAUUGGAGGACAAAGAUAGAUUCAUCAGUGUUGCACCUAAUAUUACAAGUGCUUUUGACCUUUCUGGGCAGUCUUAUGGUUCAGAUAAAGACCUGAAUGUUACUGCUAAUGAAAAUUUUCAAAAUUUUUGUUCUGAUAUGGCGUCAUUGAACAUUGAUGGACGUCUUGGGGAUGAACAUUCUAGGGAUGCCAGGCCUAAUAGUUCACUUUCUGAUAAUAUCUUGGUUUAUUCACCUCGAAAUCAGGGGUCACAAUUUAGAGAACCUUUGAUGUCAAUUGCCCUCAGGAAAUCUGUGGCAUCUACUGAUGAUAGUUUUAUUACAAGAGAACAAUCAGAUCUGAGAUCAGAUUUUCUUCCAAGAGAACAGUCUGGUUGGAAAUCAGAUUCCCAAACUCAAGUAGCAAACAAAGAUUCACAAGUUGCAAUUUCUGAAGUGGAAGAGGAUUUGCGAUAUUUUGAAGAUCAGAGACUCAAGGAUCCAGAAAUUGUUACUCGCACAAGCUACUGCUCUAAUCCAUCUAAUUCCUUUCAUCUUUCUAGCCAUUCUAGCGUGUAUUCUUCUCAGCAGAAUGGGCCCUAUGGUUCAUCCAAUUUCAACCGAAAUUCUCAAAUUUUAGAUAAUAAAGUUGACAAAGUCGCGGCACUGCAUCAGUUUGGUGUUUCAAGGGUACCUAAUAGAUACCCUGAGGAUAGAAUCAGUAGUUCUGUUGAUUCAGACAGGACAGGUGAAUAUUCUUAUUUACUUCCAAGUGAAGUGAAAAGAAUGCAUGUAGGGAGAUAUGAAGGUGAAGCAAUUAAUGAUGACCAAAAUGUUGCUGCAAAUGUGGGAGAGAGCAGCAUAAUAUCAAAUAUGCUGUCAGUGGACUUUGAUGCAUGGGAUGAGUCAUUGACUUCACCUCAGAAUAUGGCUAAGUUGUUGGGUGAAACUGAUAGGCGGCAGGGAUCUCAUAAAUCAUCAAGUUCCUGGAAAGGACAAAAUAGCAGUCAAUCCAGGUUCUCUUUUGCAAGACAGGAGUCUACAAAUCAAUUAUCUGGUGUCGAACCAUCUUUGAGUAAUAUAGGGCAAAUGCUGAAGGACCGUCCUUCAAGACUUGAUUUUGCUGAAAACAGAGAUUUUAAUUUUGAUAGGCUUGGUGAUUGUAAUGGUUUCUCUACAUUUAACAUUGAGGAAUCUGAUAAUUUCGCUGGCAGCUAUUCUCAUUUAUCCUCUAAUAAUCUUUCAGUCGCAAGAGCUCAAGUUCCACCUCCCGGAUUUUCAAUGCCCAACAGAGCACCACCGCCAGGCUUUGCUUGUCAUGAGAGAAUGGAACCAUCUUUUGAUGCCAUGUCUUGGAAUCCUUUGCUUGAUGCUUCCUCGCAUAGAAAUCAAUAUCAGGCACUGCCAGCUGGAAAUAUUGGUAAUCCUGCGGAUAUUGAGUUCAUGGAUCCUGCAAUUUUGGCAGUUGGCAAGGGUAGACUUCCUGGUGGGCUUAAUAAUGCUGCGAGCUUAGACAUGAGAUCAAACUUCUCUUCACAGUUAAGUGCCUUCGAAAAUGAGGCUAGACUUCAGUUGUUGAUGCAAAGAUCUCUUUCUCCUCUACAGAACCAGAGAUAUGCCGACAUGGGGGUUGGUUUUGCUCAGCUUAAUGAUGCUUAUAGAAUUUCUUCAAGGAUUAUGGAGCAAUCAUUACCCAACAAUCUAUCCCCUUUUUCACAACUCGCUCUUCAACAGCCUAGAACUGCACUGAUGUCAAAUGGUCAGUGGGAUGCUUGGAAUGAAGUUCAGAGCGGAAACGAUAUGGGUAUGGCAGAGCUCUUAAGAAAUGAGAGACUCGGAUAUAACAAAGUCUAUAAUGGUUAUGAGGAUUCGAAGUUUCAGAUGCCCGGUUCAGGCGAUCUAUACAACAGGACAUAUGGGAUUUGAUGCAUCGUUAAUUUACUAGUUUGCUUUGGCAAUCAGCGGUGUAAUCGGAGAAACAUAGCGAUCAGGUGGAAAUCAAAGGCCUUGCAUGAGAAAGAUGGAACUGACACUUGAUUGUUCUGACUCUGCUGUUUGGACAUUGGUGAAGGAUCAAAACCUCAGAAACAGAGGUUGCCAGAAACCAGCAGAAGGAAGGUGUGAUCCAGAUUUGCCACAAAUGGUUGAUUGCAGAGGGCAGAGAUUAUCAUCAAGAUGGUGAGCGUUUUGUGAUAUAUAUGAUUGGACAGGCAGAUUAUUCUCCUGAUGUUGAGCGGUUUGCUCCCAAUUAAAGAGAGAGAUACUAAUCAGGAAGAGGUCAACAAUAUGAACAGAUAAAAUUUGAAAUAAUUUGUCUGUCAAUUUGGACAGCUUGAGUGUUCGGAACCAUUUAAAUUCGUAUUUUAUAGUGUGAUUAAAUUGACAAAAAAAAAAAAAAAAAAAAAGGUUUCACUUGGUUGCAUUUGGAUCAUAUAUUUGUUGAGGAAAAAGAUGAAAAAUAAGAGAAGAAAUUUUUUGACUGGUA